UGAAAACCCGUCAUUUUGAUCUGAUUUUGUACUGUAUGUUGACAAAUUGAAUAGUCUCUGAUGAUUUCGAUCAAAGAGAAGCCACGGGGGGAGCGCUAGCACUUAAAGGUUCCUCGCUUUCUUCUCAAGUUUAUAGUCUUCUCCUCUGUGUUGGCUCAUUUACAUGGGUAGAUUUAGUUUUCGAGGGUUUUAUGGCGAAGUUCGCGAUGUUCUGUUAAUUGCAAUGUCUUUCUUCUUUUUUUUUUUUUUUUUUUUUUUGGUAUUCAAUUCCAAUUUUCCAGUGUGAUUUGAUCUGAACUCGAAUUCAAAUUCAGUGCUACUGAGUUAUGUUAAAACCAUUGUCCAUUGAUUUUUUUAUGUUGAAAUUGAAAAAAGGUUAUACCAUUCGUUUGUAUUAAGAUUUGUCUUUCUUAGGGAAUGUUUUACAUUUUUUGCAGAUUUGCACCGUUUUCUCUCUGGCUUUGUGUUGUGCUAGAUGCGAUGCAAUAGCAAUAUUUUCCUGGAGUUUCAAGUAACUAGUGGCUUAGGUUCAUAAUAGUGUUUCUUUGUAGGACGAAAGCUGUGUUAGUAUUCUCUCCACUGUAAAGGACAAGAUGUCUCAGAAGCGAAAUCUUCCUUCUUGGAUGAGUUCUAGGGAUCCCGAGAUUACUCCGAGUAAGUCUCAUUGUAAGAAGCCUAAGGAUGAAGGACCAACCGAAGAGCACAACAGUAGAAAUGCCCCUUCCAACAAGUCAGAACACGCCGAGCCAAGUUCAAAUACCACUGAAUUCUCUAAACUUAUGGAAGGCGUUGUUUUUGUACUUUCGGGCUUUGUUAAUCCUGAGAGGAGUACACUGAGGUCACAAGCCUUGACAAUGGGAGCCACCUAUCAACCUGACUGGAACGCUGGCUCUACCUUGUUGAUUUGUGCUUUUCCUAACACUCCAAAGUUCCGUCAAGUUGAAACAAAUGGUGGAACAAUUAUCUCAAAGGAGUGGAUAACUGAGUGUUAUGCGCAGAAGAAGUUGGUAGAUAUCGAGCAAUACCUUAUGCAUGCUGGAAAACCAUGGAGGAAAAGCAGUAGUCCCCAAGAUGCUAAUCGAGAAAAGAGAGAACACCUGUCUAAAAAACCAGAGAAGCAAGUAGAGAAAAAAACAGAAACAAGGGGAACACCAUCUACCUCAUCCAAGAAUAGAUCAGCUUGCAAUCUUGUGAAAGAGCCAUUUUUUGUUACAGAGGUGAAGAAAUGGGCCAGGGAUGACCUAAGUCAAACCAUCUCAUGGCUUGAGAGUCAGGAGGAAAAACCAGAACCAGGCGAAAUCAAGCGAAUAGCUGCGGAAGGAGUCUUAACCUGCUUACAAGACGCCAUAGAUUCUCUUGAACAGAAGCAGGACAUUGGAUCAGUUACAGAGCUAUGGAGCUUUGUCCCUCGUGUAGUGAAGGAGCUUGGAAAGAUGGAAUCGUCUUCUAAAAAGGAAAAUUCAACAGCAUCAAAGGAAGAAGUUUGCAAACAAGCAAAGUCGUGGAAAAAGAUCUACGAAGCUGAGCUAGCAAAACCGGGCGAAGAUGAAUCGACCUCUCGGGUUGCUUGUGGCUAUGACAGUGAUAUGACCGUUGAGAUGACUGAAGAAGAGAUCGAACUUGCUUAUAGGAACGUUUCUUUAGAGUGUCUUUAGAUCAAACUUGUUUCAUUUUGCAUAUGAUCUCUUAAGGAAUUCCAAGAAUUCUUGUUAUACUCGGUUUGUUCGGUUUGAGUAGGAUGUUAUUACUGAUAAAAAUUUGAAAUAAUCCGGUCUGCUUGGUUCGGAAAGAAUGUUUCUAAUUAGAAUUUAUUUAUGCUGGUUUGGAUUCGAUUGAGAGAUGUAAUCGGUUGCAAUUAAUAAGUCGGUUUGAUUUGAUA